AACCCUGGAGGGAACCCUAGCUGCACAAGUCCACACAGAGGAUCCAAGGUCUGCUGAGAUGACGUCUGUUUUCAGGUUCUCCGCUCUGGCUCUGCUGCUGUUGUCUGCCUGCUGUUGGGCUGACAAUGAGCAAGAACAGGACUCAGAUCUUUCUGUGUCUGAACUUCUGGAGAGAGCUAACAAGAACCUGAUCCGCUCUGUUGAUGAACCCAUCCUGAUCGAAGGAGACAUCGCCAUCGACUCAGAGGCCGAGAGGAACGCUGACCCCUGCACCAGCCGCGGCUGCACAUGGGGCAAGUGGACCGAUGGGAAGGUCUACAUCCCUUAUUACAUCACCAACCACUUCUCCUCUCGUGAGGCCGCCAUCAUCACCCGUGGACUGGAGUCCUUCUCUUCCUUCUCCUGCAUCCGCUUCAGGCCCACCAGAAGCAGCGACCGCGACUGGCUGAGCAUCGAGUCCCAGAACGGAUGUUACUCCUACGUUGGACGUCGUGGUGGAAAGCAGGUGGUGUCUCUGGCUCGUAGCGGUUGUCUGUACCACGGCACCGUUCAGCACGAGCUGCUCCACGCUCUGGGAUUCAACCAUGAGCAGACCCGCUCUGACAGAGACAACCACAUCAGAGUCCUGCUGCAGAAUGUUCAGUCUGGGAUGGAGCACAACUUCAGGAAGAUUGCUACUCUGAACCAGGGAACUAGCUACGACUACAACUCUGUCAUGCAGUACCACAAGUACGCCUUCUCCAAGAACAACCAGCCCACCAUGCUCCCCAUCCCUAACUCCAACGUGUCCUUUGGUAACGCUAAGGAGAUGAGUCGCACUGACAUCGCCAGGCUUAACACCCUCUACAAGUGCUAAGAAUCCAGAGUCCUGACUGAAGGAUCAGAGGAAAAAUCUGCAUUUUUUUACCACUGAAACUGCAGACCUGAACUCAUCAGAGAAACAAUUUUUAGUCAUAAAAUAAAGAAAACUCUGACUAAAACA